AGUGGAGAAGUUAUUUAAUCACUGUAUAUAUAAUUUAUAAUUGUCACAUCUUAAACAUCGAAAAAAAGUAAUGAGGGAUCUACCCCCUCAGCCCUCACCCCCCACCCACAUUAAAGGGUUAAACACCUUAUUGAUGCUCAAACUAGAUUGUACUAAAUACCAAUUUAUAUUGCUAAGGACAUCAUAUGGGAAGCCUAUAAAGCUGUAAUCUGUAGAAGAUAAUAAAUAAAUUAUAAAAAUGAGUAUUUAUUUGAUGUGAUGAACAAAAAAAAUAAGUAUCAAAGAUUAAUCAUAAAAAAUAAUUAUAAUUAAAUUGGAAUAACAUAUUCUAAGAUCUAAUACCAUGCAUAAUAACAUAAUAAGGUAAAUGCAGAAAAUGUUAGUUCUCAUUAACUAUUAGUAGGGGUUGAUUAAUCUCAAGUUUCUCGUUGGACUAAACAAUAUUUAAUCAAUUCAAAUAUUCAAUAUGGAUUAUAAAUUUCCAAAUGAAUUUAUGUUUGGUGCUUCGACUGCCUCAUAUCAAAUUGAAGGAGGCUGGAAUGAAGACGGAAAAGGCGAAAAUAUUUGGGAUCAUUUGGUACAUACUAGUCCGGAAUUAAUAAGAGAUGGGACUAAUGGAGAUAUUGCCUGUGAUUCCUAUCACAAGUAUAAAGAAGAUGUAGCACUUGCAAAGAAUUUAAAUUUGAAGUUAUAUCGUUUUUCAAUAUCAUGGGCUCGAAUAGCACCAACUGGAGUUAUGAAUUCAUUAAAUUUAGAAGGAAUAGCAUACUAUAACCGUCUUAUCAAUGAACUUAUCAAUAAUGAUAUUAUUCCUUUGGUGACAAUGUAUCAUUGGGAUCUACCACAAAACCUACAAGAUCUUGGAGGCUGGGUUAAUCCAAUUAUGUCAGAUUAUUUUAAGGAAUAUGCAAGAGUGUUAUUUACUUACUACGGAGACAGAGUAAAAUGGUGGAUAACAAUUAAUGAACCAAUGGAGGUUUGUAAAGGUUAUGCUAUUAAAGGUUAUGCACCAUACUUGAAUUUAAACAACACUGGAUUGUAUUUGGCAGCUCAUACACAACUUAUUGCACAUGGAAAAGCAUAUAGGUUGUAUGAAGAGAUGUUCAAACCUACACAACAAGGAAAAAUAAGUAUUUCAAUAAAUGGAGUAUUUUUUAUGCCUAAAAAUUCUGACUCAGUUGAUGAUAUAAAUACUGCUGAAAGAGCCAAUCAAUUUGAGAGAGGGUGGUUCAGUCAUCCAGUGUACAAGGGAGACUAUCCACCCAUAAUGAGAAAAUGGGUUGAUAAAAAAAGUGAAGAAGAAGGUAGACCGUGGUCAACAUUACCAACAUUUACAGAAAAUGAAAUAAAAUUAAUUAAAGGUACAGCUGAUUUUUAUGCUCUCAAUCAUUAUUCUUCUCGUUUGGUAACUAGAGGAAAUGAUAAAGAUUGUCAUUAUAAUUCUGAUGCAGAAUAUGUUACUUCUGUAGAUGAAUCAUGGUUAAAACCAUCUGUUGCACCUUGGCUUAUAUCAGUACCUGAUGGAUUAAGACAACUUUUGAUAUGGUUAAAAAAUGAAUAUGUCAAUCCGCCUUUGAUUAUAACUGAAAAUGGAUAUGGAGACAACGGUCAAUUAGAUGAUUUUGAUAGAAUUAGCUACAUAAAGGGCUAUUUAAAUGCAACAUUACGAGCGAUACAUGAAGAUAAUUGUAAUGUUAUAGGAUUUACUGUAUGGUCACUCUUGGAUAAUUUUGAAUGGAUGGAUGGUUUUGCAAUUCAUUUUGGAAUUGUUAAUGUAGAUUUCAAUGAUCCUCAAAGAACUCGUACUCCAAAAGCAUCAUAUACAUUUUUAAAGAAUGUGAUAUCGACUGGCCGAUUGGAAACACCUUUAACUGAAUUAUGAAAAAAUCUAAUUUUUUAUUAUUAUUUUUGUAAUGUUUAUUUAUUAUUAUACCUCUUACCUUCUGUAAUAACUUAUUGUUGUUGAUAUAAUUUUGUAAUGUCUAACUCUAAGAUUCAUUUAACUUGUGAUUACUAAGCUAUUAGGUGAGUUAAACUUAGUUAUACAAAUAUGAUAAUAUACAUAUUAAUUUGUUCAUUUUUA